GAGCGUGGAAUCAACGGUAAUAUCCUUUCGAGGUUGCUCGGUCUUCGGAACCUCGUUCCACUGCCCACGAAUUCUUCCCACUCAGCAACAUUCGUCUCUCGAACCAAUACAUUUUUGGUCUGCACAAUCAUCGCUCAUCGUGCGCGAGCAUUGACCCUUGUGAAGUCGGAUUGGGAUCGUUCCACGACAGUCGUUCUUUGGCGAUUUCGUGGGCAGCACCGAUGUCGAGCAUUCUGCCAUCGCCGGCGAACGCAAGGGCAUCUAACUCAUCCAGAAGGAAACGCCUCCUUGCCUUGUUGAAUCAUGGAUGGAGUCAUUUUUGCAAGAAACUCUCUGCGGUUCCUCCAAGUGAUCACCUGGAUGGUGGGCACAGCGAGACUGGCGCUGGUCCUAGCACCAUCCAAACCCUAAGAGACCCAGAAACUUCGAGUCAAUUCUCCUCUCCGGAUUUCGAUGAGGAAGGCCUCGUCGACGCUGUCGUGGUGGAUAAUGGAGGAUUCCAAAUAUACGCGGCUGAGGAAUCACAGGAUGAUCACCCAGAUGGCCUAAAGCCCGUCGAAAUGCGUCAAAAUCUGGAAACGAGGUCUGACCUGGGCGAGUCGGCGCCAGACGAAGCACAUCCGCCUGGUAGUUGGUCCCCGAAUCCUAAUGGAAUCUGGACCCCUAUGGUCAGAUUUAUCAAGUGGCCAUUCAACUGUAAAUUUGCUAGUCUAUGUGAAGCCCAGAAAAGCAUGGAAGACCGAUAUUGGCGCGAAAAAUGGUUCAACUCGAAAUCCCUGUGUGUAUUGGGGAGUUUGUGGCUGAUUUCGGCUUGGGUUCUGGCAAUGGCUUUCGCUCGGCGACCAUUCAAUACUUUCGAUAACAUCUAUUUCUUCUUGGUUUGCCCUAUCAUCCUGUUCCCACUUCCGAUCAUGGUCAUCUAUGACAUGCCCAGUGGGGGGAAGUCUUUGAUCUAUCAAACCUGGGUCACACUGGCUAUUUGGCAUCUUGCGAUAUUUCAUGUCCUAGAUACAUAUUUAUGCGGCUUCUUUCACACACCGAAGAGAAUUUCGUGUGCAGACAAUGAUUUCUUCAACAUUGUAUAUUACUCCUGUGCCCUACCCGCAAUUGGCAUGUACUCCCUGCACCAGAAUCGUCUCCCUGCCGUGGUUGGCGUGUCCACCUUCCUUGGUCUGCUACUAGGACUCGUGGUUCCCUUUCGAGCGUCCUUCCUCAGACAUGUCGUCGAAGUAGCUGUAUUCCACGCAUUUCUGCUGUAUAUGAAUUACAGCCGUGAAGUGGCUGGUCGUGGGAUAUUUGCGCUCAAAGAGCAAUUGAAAGUGCAGUAUAAAGCCACUCAAAAGGCCCAGGUGGCGGAGCGUAAGAGUGCCGACCACAGGAAGCGGCUGACCAACUAUAUCUUUCAUGAAGUCCGCGUUCCUCUCAAUGCUGCUACCCUCGCUUUUCAGAACUUGGAAGCCAGCGGAGUGGCGAAACCUGAGACUGCGCUCGAAUUCACCGCUUUAGGUGGGUCGUUAGGAAUGAUGAGCAAGGUUCUCUCCGAUAUCCUGGAUUUCAACCGCAUGGACUCGGGAAAGUUGAGCUCUGUCGAGAAACCGUACAACUUUCACCGAGUUCUUCGCUCUAUGGUCCCCGGUGCACGAAUGCAAGCGGAAGUUCGAGGCUUUGCUUUCAAGACUGAUUUUGAUGAGAAUAUCGAUAUCAUCGCCCGUCGGGCUCUUUAUGGGGCACAAGGACUUGAUGAAUUCCAGGCGGAAGAGAAGCUUCGUGAAAACCACGAUGAUACAGUCAUCGUGGGCGAUGAAAUGCGGUUGCGGCAGGUCGUCACGAAUCUGGUGAGCAAUGCGAUCAAGUUCAAUAUUCCUGGCCCGGGUAGUGCGGUUACGUUGCGGACGAGAUUGCUACAACCAUCCACAGCGUCUGAGGGCCCUCACGUUGACGAUCGGGAGAGUGUGUCAUUGGGCGGUUCGCAGAGCAGCCAGGAGAAGGGCAUGCGUUUGCCUCGAUUAGAUGCCCUCGUAGUCCGGAUUGAGGUCGAGGACAAAGGGGUUGCGAUCAAGCCGAAAGACAUGGUGGAGAAUCGCCUCUUUUCCCCUUACGUGCAGACUGAGAUUGGACGAUCUCAAGGUGGAAAGGGAACCGGACUUGGAUUAGCACUGGUCAGGCACAUUGUUGCUCUCGGUGGCGGGCGGCUCGGCGUUAUUAGCCAGAAAGGAGUAGGAUCUACCUUCUGGGCUGAACUAGCGCUUGGCGUCGGUGCAAGGGCAAUACGCAUACCUUCGUGGGCAGAAGUGAUCGCCGAAACAUCGCCAUCACUAGGUAACGACUGGCUUCGGCUCCCAUUGCCCUCACCUCCACAAAGCGCUCAGAACACUCCUUACGGACAGUUUGGGCACACACCAUCCACUUUGGGCCCAGACUCCAACUCUCCUGCUACGCCUGCGGAUUACAUUGGACCUGUCGAUGAGAACGGUGUCCCGUUGUCUGUUGCAAAGGACAGCCUGAACGAACGUCUACCCCGGCCUGUUUUAUUGGAAGCGACGAGAUUUUCAAGCAAUUGCAGUGGUGGACUGGGAUUCAAUGUCCCUCCACAAGUUCUGGAGGUGCCCGAAGAAACAGAAGAGGCCCCGAAGCCCAACGCUCUCACAGCAUCUACGCUACAAGUCCCACAGUUCAUCACAAAAUCGUCUCAUGCUGUCAAACCAACCGUUGACCCACCUAGCCAGACUGUGCAGCCAGGGAAUAAGGGUACCAUCCCUAUACCAUUAAGAUACGAUGAGACCUCCUCGCUAACGUCGGGACCAGCCAAAGUUGGCAACUUGCUCAACGUCCUAGUUGUUGACGACGAUGGCCUUACGCGUCGGCUAAUGACACGGAUGCUUCAACGACUCGGGUGUACCGUUGAGACUGCAGAGGACGGGCUUAUAGCUUUGACUCUCCUCGUCUCAGGAGAGAGACCACCGUUGUCGCCACCUGCCACUCCUCUUGAGAUUGACUGCACGCCGCCUGGAGAAGUGAUGGAGAAGGAAGGGUGCUUUCAUGUCAUAUUCCUUGACAAUCAGAUGCCACACCUUUCAGGCGUGGAAAUGACGAAACGUCUACGCAAAUUUGGGCGCAGGGACCUAAUCAUCGGGGUAACAGGAAAUGCUACAACGGAAGAUCAAAAGGAGUAUGUGGAAGCAGGAGCUGAUCACGUUCUAACAAAGCCUGUGAGAGAGGAAAAUCUCAAGGCCAUGUUGCCGGAACGUCUUGAACCUCGACAAAUGUCCGCGGUAACACCCGUCAAUCCUAAACCAUUCCUUCAGAACCUUACUGGGAAGCCCGUUUUCGUUCGGUUGAAAUGGGGACUUGAAUAUAAGGGUUAUUUGAAUUAUUCUGACCCUCUGAAUAAUUUGGUCGAUAGCUGGCGAAUGCUGAGGAAUUCCAGGAUGAUAAAUCGAAUGGAAUGCUUGGGGAGAUAUUCAUUCGGUGUAACAACGUACUGGAAGUCGUUGUGGAAGGAGAGUAACAUGACAAUCACUUAUAAAUUGCCCCCCCACCCGUUUUCUUGCUCCAAACGUUG